AUGACAGACGCUCCUAUCAAGCCACAGGGUGGCGUAGGCGAUAUCGACCGGGGAGUCCUACCCUCGUCUGAUCUUAAACUUCAGGAGUUAGACGCAGAGCACCAAGAGAACGCUGUCGGAUAUAGAGAGUACCUUGAAGCCAUAGACUUGGAGGUCUCGGAUAAAGAGCUGCGAAGACUUCGAUGGAAGCUUGAUCUCACCAUCCUACCCAUGUUUCUUGUGACCCAAGCUUUGCAGUUCAUGGACAAGACGUCCUUGAACUAUGCCAACCUCUUUGGGUACCAAGCAGCACUCAAUCUUCAGGGCCAACAGUUCAACUACCUCUCAGCGAUGGUAUAUGCCGGGUAUUUCUUCGGCCAGUAUCCUUGCGGCUGGCUGAUUGGUAGAUAUCCUGCUCAAAGAGUCAUGGCCAUCAGCAUCUUCUUCUGGGGUCUGAUGGUGAUUCUCAUGACCCAAACUCGAACUUAUUCUAGUGCCUUAGGCGUCCGAUUCAUAAUGGGAAUAUUUGAAGCCGCCGUUACACCUGGCUUGACACUCAUGACGGGGUUCUGGUAUACGCGUAAAGAGAUACCCCUUCGACAGUGCAUAUGGUACUCGUCUCUUGGCUGGGGCGGUAUCAUCGGAUCUUACAUCUCUAUGGGCGUGUCCAAGCUCCCCGCUGACCUGAAACCAGAGCGCUGGGAGCUCAUUUUCUUCAUGCUGGGCGGAGUGACGUGCGUCUGGUCGCUGGUGAUCUGGUUUUUCUUACCAGACUCGCCCUCAAACGCGUUCUUCCUGAACCACCGCGAAAGACUUGUUGCAGUCAAAAGGGUCUCUGAGAACGAGACUGGCAUCAAGAACAAAGCGUUCGACAAGAAACAGGCCCUCUUGGGAUCUUUCGACCCGAAGACUCUGCUGCUGUUCACGUCCGUUUUUGCAGCCGCGAUUCCCAACGGGGUUGUCAACUCCUUUUCCACUGUUAUCAUCCGUGACAUGGGGUUCAGCACAACACAGACCACGCAGCUCAAGUCGGUUGGAGAUGCGGUUCAGAUCGUCGCUCUCCUCAUUGGGGGCAGUGUCAUCCUGAAUGUGAAGGAUUCGCGUCUGAUUACAGCUUCGGUAGCCAAUCUGCUUUGCACAAUCUCGGCUGCUUGUAUGGCAUAUCUACCUGAGUCGAAUACCUGGGGCCGGCUUGUGUCAUUCUGGCUGGUCAACUCACAGUCAGUCGGCUUCACGGUGUCUCUGACCACCAUCUCCUCCAACAUGGCCGGAUACACCCAUCGUUCUCUCGCGAGCGCCAUGGUUUUCACGGCGUACUGCUGGGGAAACUUUGCUGGACCAUUCGUAGUCAAGCAAUCGGAGGCGCCGCACUUUCGAGGAGCUACGAUUGGGCUCCUGGUCGGCUACGCUAUCAAGUUGAUCUGCCACCUGACUCUGCUCAUCUAUAUGUACCUGGUGAAUCGCCAUCGUGACAAGAGGUACGGCGAGCCCAAUAGGGAGAGCAGCAAGGAAGCCGGAAUGAGGGACCAGACUGAGUUCGAGAACAAGGACUUUAGAUAUGUGCUUUGA